UUGUGUGACUGUUGGCACAACAACCACAUCAACCACCUAUGAUAUACCAUUUGCAUCAACACCAUUAAAGUCUGGUUUCAGACCACCAAAAUGACCUCUGCUGUUGGAAGAAGAGGGGGGAGAGGAGGAGGAAGAGUCAGACAUACAAAUUCCAACAGAACCUCAUGAUUCAACUUUUAACCCCGCCGAUGACACAACAAUUUCACACAAAUCUGAAAUGUUGUUUGGGCAAAGCUCCACAUAUGCAGACACAAAAUACAUUGUGUUUGAAACAUGUUUGCGUGAGUUGUUCUCCACGUGUCCAAUUUGCAAUUCACAAUCUGAUAUGAAGCUACAACGAAUAAGCACUUAUGUUGCAAUCAGGCAGCUUUGCCCCAAGUGUUUGUACAACCGUAAGUGGCAGAGCCAACCAAUAAUUGGAAGUACACCAAUGGGCAACCUCCUGUUAUCAGCUGCAACUUAUUUUACUGAGGGAUCAUUCAUCCAACUACAAAAGAUUUUCAAGGCCAUGGAAUUAAAAAUUCACCAGUACGUCACAUUCAGGAGACAUUGCAGGAGUUUUUUGGAACCAGCAAUUGUACACAAGUGGAGAAGUGAACAACGAAAAAUUAUACAGAAGUUACAAGAGGGAGGAAAGAUUGCAUUAUCUGGAGAUAUGCGUGCAGAAUUCCCAGGAUAUUCUGCUAAAUAUGGCAGCUAUACUCUUAUGCACAUGCAUAGCAAUACUAUUGUUGACCUACAGCUUGUUCAGAGCAAUGAGGUUGGUGGUAGCUAUCACAUGGAGAAGGAAGGCCUAAAGAGAUGUCUGGACCUGCUGGAGUAUGACGAUUUAGAAGUGGAUUACAUCGUCACUGACCGUCAUCCACAGAUCCAGAAGUAUCUCAGGGAGCGUGACAUAACACUGUUCUAUGAUGUGUGGCACUUUGAGAAAGGUUUGUCUAAGAAAUUAGAUAAACUGGCAAAAAAAAAAAAAAAUUACUGUGAAUUGCUAAGGCCGUGGCUGCGUAGCAUCAGAAAUCAUGUUUACUGGUGCGCCACUUCCUCGACAUCAGGACCAGAGAAGGUGGCUAAGUGGACUUCACUGGUCAACCACCUCCAGAAUGUGCACACACAUGACAAUCCUAUCUUUCCCAAGUGCCAACAUCCACUCAUAGCUUCAAAUAAUCAAAAGAAAUGGUUUCAACAAGGAUCGCUGGCUGUCCACAAAGUCGAACAAAUACUUUACAUCAAAAGGGUGCUCAAAGAUGUGGAGAAGCUCAGUCACAGUUUCCAGACAUCUUCCCUGGAGGCUUUCCACAGCUUAAUUCUACGUUUUGCAUCGAAAAAUGUAGUGUUCCCUUUCAUUGGAAUGUUGUGCAGACUGUAUCUUGCUGUGCUUCAUCAUAAUGAAAACGCCAACAGAGAACAAGCCACAACUAAGGCAGGACAGGCGGUGUACCGAAUGGUGUUCCCGAAAUCAAAAAAAGGGCGGCCAUUAAAAAAAGAGUCAACAUAUACUUAUGUUGAUGAGCUACUGAAGCUCGUAUUUGAAGAAGUGGUCAUGGACCCCUCUACAUUUGUGGAAGAACUGAAAUCAAUCCCCAUUCCAAAGCCACUUUGUGCAGAGUUUGUCAGACCAUCAAAGGUGGAAGCAAUUGCCAUCCAUGUUUCAAGAUUCAGUCAAGCGGAGGUCGAAAGCCGGUGUACUCUCCAGUCGGAUCUGUGACAUCUGUCUAAAUGCGUCUCUAACAUGAGGCUACAUUUGUCACUGCACAUUACAGACCAUGUCUAAACAUACGUGUGAUGCUACAAGCAGAGCAGAUUGUUACUUACCUCCAUACAGUAUAAUAAUAUGUAUUGAUCAUAUGAAUGUUUUUGAUGUUACACAGUGAAUAGAAAAAAAACUGUCAACAUGAUCAUGUCAUAAUUCAUGCCUAAACAAAAGAAU